CUGUGACGGUUUUUUGUCAUACAAUAACUAGUUUUCAGAUUAAGGGGGCUGGAUUCAAAUAAAACUUUCAAACUGGUUCUCUCAGUCAAUACAAACACGGGGAUUAAAGAAGGCUUAUUUCAUAGAUGCAAAUUAUCCAAAUUGUUCGGAUUAAGGGGGCUUGAAGCRCAAUACAGUAGCAUUAAGUAUGGCUCAAAUUUAAGGGGGUUCGCGUCGUUGUAAAACUUCAAAAACUGAAGUGUUACUUUUUAUAAAAUUCACGAUGGAUCAAAAGAGGCUCAUCUUUAAAUUCAUCAAAGGUGUUCACAAAGAAAAGAAUCCAACCUUCCCAAGUAGUGUUUGUUCCGAUGCGUCUGUUUGCUUUUGCAAAUGCACACAUACAUUGUUCUCAAAACUGUGAGAAAACUCUAAUUUCCUUCGUAAUUUAUUAAAACCCAGACGACAAACCYCUGCUCGGUUACAAAUGAAUGAAUCUUGUGUACAUUUAGAUCAGUCUUCAUCCUUGAGGUUUCGAAAUGACUCUAAUUAGCAAAAGCAUUGUUUGUUAGCGACCUUUGAUGUUUGCAAAGUUGUGUUCCCYUCACUGAUCUCCGUGUUGAAACCGCAAAAUAUUGAUUUAAGACUAACUGACAGAGAUACGUUUGGCCGCGUUCUUUAAGCACAGAAAAAAACUCAACACUCCUACUUUUACAGUGAKGUARUUUUASRCUUUAUGAACUUAAAUCUCGUCAGGGCAGAUCAGUUGAAGAAUCAAUAUUGCUCGUCUACUAACAACAGACCACUUAAAAUAGUCAGGUUUCGUUGUAUGAACAUCAAGAAUUCCGCGCUAAACUGUUUGGCUACUAAGCAACGUCAUUAGGCCACUGAGCGUUUGGAUGAUUUGUUUCGUCGGCCAAGAGGAAGCAACUAGCCGAGGGAUUUGGAUCCAUUGUGUGCGACUCAGAGAACGAUCUGAGGGCUGUCUGAAAGCCUAGCRAUGUCGAUUCUUAUGGUAGGAUUGGUUUUUUACCUUGGGCUCGYAGCAAAGGAGGCUUGGAGYUGCCCUAGACAGUGUAAAUGUGGAAAGACGUAUCAGUGUUCGCUACAGGAUCUCRCAACUCURCGCACGUUUGUACCUUUCAACGUAACACGAUUGGAUCUUUCAUCACAAGGAAUUACAAAAGUACCAAAUGGAUCCUUCGUCAACUAUACACGACUUCUUUAUCUGUCUCUCGCCAACAAUUCYAUACGAUCUCUUUCAAGACAUUCUUUUCAAGGGCUGCAAAGUCUUGAAGAACUCCAUCUUCAAAACAAUGGCAAACUAUCACUUGACCAAGGAGUCUUCACAUCCUUAAAGUCACUCAAAGUUAUCCACUUAGAAGGCAACCAGAUGGAYUCACUACCAGCUAGCAUUUUCAACCUAACAAGAACMRUCAACAUCACCAAGGAAACCAAAAAAGAGAGUAUCCACUGCAAUUUUUAUAAAAAACCGCUGUCCGACUGCAUAGGGACUCACAUCCCAAAAUGCAAAGCAGCACUAGAACUCGAAGAGAAAGAACUCAUUAAAUUCAAAAUUCAAGGCUGCGCACGCGCAGUUUGUAAAGUAAAACAGACCGGCAAGUCUAUAGAAUGCUACAUGGCSUCCUCGAAUGCUAAUGAGACCGCGUGGAGCAUUCUGGGGGAUAAUUCGGCUGUCAAGCUCGCUUUGUGGACGUUUGGUYUMCUUGCUGUGACGUCAAACGCGCUUGUUUUACUGACGUUAGUGUGCAACAAGGAAGCCCGCCAAUCGGCUUUGUGUGUKUUUGUUAUGAAUUURCUMUUGGGRAACGUCUUCAUUGGUAUCUACAUAGUUACAUUCACUGUCUCAGAUACGGUUACAUUCGGGAACUUYAASCAAUACGGYGARGGACGAUGGGAAGCCAAAUGGUGCGUUGCGUUAUUUUUCRUCAAGACUAUUGGYUUAAUACUAGUCGUAUCAUCACUYGUUCUCGUAUCGAUUGAACGAGUGCUUGUUAUCGUAUUCAACUCGCCCCGACAUAUCGAUUGUUGUCGUUCUGUYGGUUACGUCGUCGAGACUUGGUUAUUCGCAUGUGUUGUGACUAUUGUUCUUUGGACUAAGACUAGUCGUUGGGGCUACCUGUGUUCAACGCAUGGCAACAGCCGAGGGUUUUUAGACAUUCACUUGGGAGUCAUGUUAACUCUAUUCUCCUUAUGCGUCGUCAUGGUGAUUCUAUACGUGUAUUUAUUAUGCCGGCUUAAAGGCCAGGACCAUAGCAACGGCCAAACGGACGAAUACCGUAGCACAAUACGCAUGUUUCUAUUACUCCUKUCGACAAUCGUAAGCUGGGCUCUUCCAUAUAUGGUGAUGGUAUUAGUCGUUCCUGUUUACAUGUCAAUCACCGUGUCCAUGCAGACAAUGGCGAUUUCAUUGACAAUCAACGCGUGUUUACAUCCGUUUAUCUAUUCGUACGAUAAUGACAACCUAGAGAACUUAUACAGCGCUCUAUCRUGCAGRAGCGACUCUUGUCUUCUUCUACCUACAGUGAURCAAGGACAAACGUGYCAAGAAGACGAAGAAAAGAUAAAAAAACAAGAGCAGCUUGCACUAGAGUUAGAGACAUUUCCAAAACCAUCUUUUAAUGACGAAGGAACCCCAGUCGAAGUUAAGUCAACAUCUGGUUACAGAGUGGAUUCAGAUCCAAGAAUGUCACCCCCACCCCCUGCGUCGCUAGUUAACUUUCAAAACACAAAACGAGGAUCUGAGGUCUCAAAAGCCGAGGGCGCUGUAAUCAUUACAAAUAAGUCCCCUACGGGCUCAAGUUAUCAAGAAGACUGUUCAAUCGUGGUUCAUUCGGCACCGUCUUCGCCAGCGACGAAGGAGCCCMGAAGAUUUAUCGACGAGCAUAGCGAUUGCGGUACUAUGUCUUCAGAUACUAAUGUUACGUGGAUAAGUAGYGAUUGYCCUAGUCAYGUKCAUGGUCGACUAGGCGACGGAAAUUCGACGACAUCGAGUCGAGCUUCGUCGAUACCACUCGGGAAGUCAGCGGCGUCGCCUCGUAUUUCCAGGAAAAGACUGUCGUCGGUGAAAUCGGACUCAGAAGAAAGGAGUGAUGAUGAGACACCGCCAGAGAAACUAYCCCCUCCUGGACAAAGCAAUGAAAUAACUAAAACUGAAGCAGAAACUUUAGAUCAACCUACUACUAACAAAGCUGAGUCAGGGGGGGUUAGCAAAAGAAACCGACCUAUGUCUCCAGUGGAAAUUAUUUGUAAAGUACUUUCACCAAAGGCAAGAAAAAAGCGUCCAAAAACAGACGAAGGACUCCCGGAUGUAACUAAAUCAAACGUAGAAGUUCAAUCUCGCAAAAAGAGAUCAAAAUCGAUGCUUGUUGGUAAAGAGGCUAAAYCUGCACAAGUGCAAGAGAAUGUACUCGAUCCACUUCCUACCGUUGCGCUACGAGAAAAAAAGCCAUCGACACAACCGCGUACUAGACGCAAUGGCGUUCUUGUUGUUAGAUCAGGCGAGAUUCAGCUGGACUUCAAAGAUGAAGAGACGUCAAAAGACCUAGGCACUAGUGUCCAGAGUCCAACGGACGAAAAUAUCGCAAAAGACUGGGACAAGUAUUCGAAGCAGAUAGUCAUGAGACCAUCCAGGGCGAGCCUACGCCAAAAUGCGAAGGAUAAGAAACGAGCGAAGCUAAAUCGCAGCCUUUCCGCACCAAUACCAGCGACUAAGGUUCGAAUAUAUCAAAAUCCGGUCGCUGACUUUCAUAAUAACAACGAAACAAAAGAAAACAAGGAUGAGUUGACUAAUGAAGAAACUGUACCACUUUCGCCAACAAGAACACUUGCAAAACUAGAGGAAGGUGAUACAGUACCUGAACUCCCAAAAAACAUCAAGACGAAGUAUCGUAAUAGUACUUCUUCAACAAGCUCAAGCCUUAGACUUUCUAGUAAGAGUCUAGAGUGGGACCCUAGUUGUACAGACGACGCUUACUCUGAUGGUGAUUACCUACCCCCUCCCCCCACAGCACCACCAAGACAGACGAAAACUAGCGACUCUUCAACACCUCCAUCAAGCCCGCGGUCAAGUGUUGGGACGACGAGUGAGAAUGGGGAAUAUUAUCACGUGGUGACAGAUCCAGCCAAUGGGAGUCGUUACAGUCUUGACUGGGAUCCUACUGGCGUGCAAAUGAGGCUAAGCAUAGUUUCCCAUGAUUCAACUGCAGGUGUCAAUCAGCACCAAGAAGAUCAUGUCCCUGCAUCUUUAGUGUGAAAAGUAAUAGGCUACAUAGGUACUUUA